AUGGCGGCAGGCCCGCCCACCGUCGAAGACCAGGGCCGACUGCUGGAGGAAGCUCUUGGAGUCGUGCGCCAGCAGUCACAGCAGAUGCGCAAGUGUCUAGAAACCCCGGGGAAGUUGAUGGACGCCUUGAAAUGCGGUUCCACCCUGGUCUCCGAACUGCGAACUCCUAGCCUAGGACCGAAGCAAUACUACGAACUGUACAUGGCCGUCUUCGAUGCGCUCGGCUAUCUCUCUGAGUACCUCCGCGACUCCCACCCGGUCAAUCACCUGGCGGACCUGUAUGAGCUCGUCCAGUAUGCGGGCAACAUAAUCCCAAGAUUGUAUCUGAUGAUCACCGUGGGCACGGUCUACAUGGCAGUUGAGGAUGCCCCAGUCAAGGAAAUCAUGAAGGACAUGAUGGAGAUGAGUAGGGGCGUCCAGCACCCGAUUCGCGGCCUCUUUCUACGAUAUUAUCUGAGUGGUCAGGCACGAGACCACUUACCGACUGGGAAGGACGAUGGACCGCAAGGGAACUUGCAAGACUCGAUCAAUUUCAUCCUUACGAAUUUUGUUGAAAUGAACAAGUUGUGGGUCCGCUGGCAGCACCAAGGUCCAUCCCGAGAACGAGAGCAACGAACACAGGAACGGAGAGAGUUGGAGCUGCUGGUCGGAAGCAAUUUGGUCAGACUCAGCCAACUCGUUGAUUUGGAAACCUACAAGGCCACAAUCAUUGCUCCGUUGUUGGAGCAGGUCGUGCAAUGUCGCGACGUGCUAGCCCAGGAAUACCUGCUUGAAGUGAUCACCAAAGUCUUUCCCGAUGAAUACCACCUUCAUACGCUCGAUCAACUGCUUUCUGCCAUUGCUAGGUUGAACCCACAUGUCGACAUGAAGAAAAUCGUCAUUGGACUGAUGGAUCGGUUGUCAACUUAUGCCCAGCGCGAAGCGGAAGGGUCUUCAGCAGAAGAGAAGAGAAAAGCCGAAGAGGAUGCGGCCAUCCGAAUGCUGGAGAAGGUCGAUCUUAACAAAGACUCCAAGCCCUCAGCAACAGCAGCAACUACGGCAGACCAGGAAACACCUCACACCAACGGAAAUGAGCCAAAGUCGCCGACAGACUCACAGCCGACCGAGUCCGAACCAUUAACACCUGCUACGACGGCUACCAAUGGUGAGAAAUCAGGUAGUGGCAUUGCUGAUGUUAAGCUUUUCGAGAUAUUCUACGACCAGGUCGUAAACCUCGUCAAGACUCGUGGCCUACCGAUUCAAGAUACUAUGGCUCUUCUGACAUCGCUCGCAAACCUUGCCCUCAACAUUUAUCCUGAGAGACUAGAGUAUGUCGAUCAGAUACUCGCGUACGCUCGUGAUAAAGGUGCAGAGUACAUGGAUUCUGCCGACCUCCAUUCUGCCGCCACACAAGCCAAUAUGCUCAACCUUCUUCUGUCGCCGAUCCGGACUUACUAUUCUCUCUUCACGGCGCUGGCUCUUCCCAACUACCUUCCCCUAUACCAAUCCCAGACCUACGCUACAAGGCGCGCCGUCGCCUCCGAAGUGGCCAAAAGUAUUCUCCGGAACCGAGUGAAGAUCACGUCCACACAACAUCUGGAAGGAGUUAUGACUUUGCUCAAGGUGAUCAUCAAGGAAGGCCUCCAGCAACCUGCAGGAUAUCCUGGCCUGAAUCGCUCAAGAGGAGGCGAGUCCGAUGAGACCGUAGAGGAGCAAGGUUGGCUCGCAAGGAUAGUCCAUUUCAUCCAGGGGCCCGACAACGAGACUCAACUGAGGCUAUUGCAGCAAGUACGGAAAGCGUACGAAGUCGGCAACGAGCGAAUCAAAUUCACCACGCCAGCAAUAAUCAAUGCUUCAAUGAAGCUUGCGCGGAAGUUGAAAUCUCGUGAGCACUUUGAAGAUGACUGGCAGAAUCAGUCGUCGACAUUGUACCGUUUCAUGCAUCACGCACUCUCUCAGCUGUAUACGCGCGUGAAUCCCGGUGCGGCCGAAUUAUGUCUUCGGUUGUUCGUUUCCUGUGGCCAGAUCGCAGAUCAAUGCGGGUUCGAGGAGUUCGCUUAUGAGUAUUUUGCCCAAGCAUUCACCAUCUACGAGGACAGCAUCAGCGACUCGAGGGCACAGUUCCAAGCCGUCUGCAUCAUUGCGGGUGCCCUCCAGAUGACCAGAGGCUUUGGAAAAGAGAACUACGAUACACUGAUCACCAAAGCCGCAUUGCAUGGCAGCAAACUGUUGAAGAAGCCUGACCAGUGUCGCGCUGUAUAUCUGGCAAGCCAUCUGUGGUGGUGUGUUGAGAUUCCUGGACGGGAUGAGGAUCCGAAGAAUCUAUAUCGCGAUGGCAAACGUGUUUUAGAAUGCCUUCAAAGAGCCCUCCGUGUCGCCGAUGCGUGCAUGGACACCGCCGUGUCCGUGGAGUUGUUUGUUGAGAUCUUGAAUCGAUACGUCUACUAUUUCGACCAACAAAACGAAUCGGUGACGAUAAAAUAUCUGAAUGGGCUCAUCGAAUUGAUCCAUUCCAAUCUGUCCACGACGAACGUGGACGGCAAUGCGCAGGCUCUGGAGAACCCGAAACGCCACUUUUUCAGGACGUUGGACUACAUCAAGUCAAGGGACUUCGAGGGUGUAGUCACAGAGGCGAGGCAGUGA